UUUUGAGAAACGAAUCUGCGCUCGUCAGAUCGUCACGAGACGACCCCGGAAGUGCUCGUAGCCCGACUCACGCCGCUGUGUCGUACAGCAGAACAAUAACACGGCAGAGUGACUGUCAGACAUGGAGCGCGUCAUGGGAGGAGGAGUACUUCAGCUGGUUUUAUUAAGUGCGGGGAUCUUGUUGCUUUAUCGAAUACUUGUCCGCCUCAGACCAGGAGCUGAUCUGCAGGACGCCGUGGUGGUCAUCACAGGUGCCAGCUCUGGCCUCGGGAAAGAGUGUGCUCGGGUCUUUCACACUGCAGGCGCAAGGCUGGUGCUCUGUGGACGAGAUGCAGCCCGCCUGCAGCAGGUGGUCCAGGAGCUCACAGCAAGUUCAACAAGCUCGGGACCACAGACUUACACUCCCAGCACCGUCACCUUCGACUUGUCUGACACAGACACAGUGGACGGAGCUGCAGAGGAGAUCCUGAAAUGUUAUGGGCAAGUGGACGUUCUCAUCAAUAAUGCUGGAAUCAGUUACCGCGGCAACAUACUGGAUACCCACCUUUCAGUUCAGCGGGAUGUUAUGGAAACAAAUUACUUUGGGACCAUUGCUCUUACUCAAGCUCUCCUGCCCUCCAUGGUUCAUCGACGCAGUGGUCACAUCGUUGUCAUCAGCAGCGUCCAGGGCAAAAUAGCCAUUCCUUACAGAUCUGCCUAUGCUGCCUCAAAGCACGCCACCCAGGCCUACUUUGACUGCUUACGGGCCGAGAUCGAGCACUGCGGGAUUCCAGUGACCGUGAUCAGUCCUGGGUACAUCCGAACCAGCCUGUCGGUCAACGCCGUCACAGGAGACGGCUCCAAGUAUGGAGUUUUGGAUAAAACCACAGCAGCGGGUCGGGACCCCAGAGACGUGGCUCAGGCUGUUCUGAAGGCCGUCCAUCGGAAGAGCAAAGAUGUCGUUCUGGCCGGACCUCAACCCAAUCUGGCCAUUUACCUCCGCACUAUGUGGCCUGCACUCUUCUUCAAACUCAUGUCCUCUCGCGCUCGCAAGGAGCGGAAGCCGAAAGACGAGUGAAGCUGCAGCUGGUGAGGACGACGAUGCUCACGGACCAAAACAUGAACGUGACGGCUUACCACGGAGGCCAAAUGAGCAGGAGGUGUGGAUAGAUGGAAGCUUACACAAACCAUAAACCAUGUCUUUCGUUGUUUUUACACCUGUGAUUGACCAGACAAACCGUCACUUUGUUCUCAGUCUAAAAGUGGAAUGUCUCCUAUUGACAAAAAUAUGUAAAGAUGUCAGCAUGUGAUGAUGAUUUUCAAAUUUACUCCUAACACCGUUAACAAAUAAAAUGCUCAAUUUGUUA